AUGUCGACCGCAGCCACUCAGCAGCAGCCUCCGGCUAUACCUCCCCGUCCAUCUAGGGGAUCUCAGGACCGAGACAGUUCCGAACUCCCUAGGAUUCCACCACGUCCCAUUAAGCGUGGCCCCUCGCCCAACCCCGACCGAUACGCCCCGUCUCCUCUGAAUGGUGGUCUUCUCAGCCCUACCAAGAAGGACCAGCGUUCCAACUCAAAUGGCGAUCCCAUUGAGCGAUCCAGGAGCGUCGAUCUGCCGGCCGUUGUUGGCGAGGAGGGCAUGGAAUACGCUGCUCUGGCUCAAGAGGCGGCAUCGUCUCGCGAGCCGAGUACUUCUCCCACACAGACACGCACUGUGGACCAGAACAUGAAGAUAUAUGCACCUACGGCAACUAUGCCUGCUUCAAGAGCCAAGCAACGCAUCAUGCAGGUUACAAGAACCGACUCGGACAACGCGGCGGCUUUUGGCAUCGGAAAGCCGAGCCAGGAAAUUCCCACGCCCUCCAAUCGUAGCCUGAAGAAAAAGGCUAGCACGGCCAGCGGUCUGUCUCACAGCGAGGUUGAGGACGAGGAGCAUGGCAUCCCAGAAAUUGGACAGCAGAUCCCCUUACUGCCCCACGCUGGCGAUGUCCAAGCCCCAUCACCCGCUCCCGGUGCUGAUACGAUCAAGGCCCACAAGAGAAAGGUGAGCUCUCGAGGAGUUCCACCUGGAAGUUACGGCCUGCACGGCCACAACGUCGCUCCUCAGGACAAGCUUGAAAAAGAGUACUAUAACAAGCACCCUGAGCUUCUGAAGCUGGAACACCACCCGUACCAAGCCGACCGCCCCACGGAUUUUGCCUUGAGCAGCGAGCAGCUCAACAAGCUGGUGAGGGAGACCGAAUCCACUGGCCAGGGUGUUGGAGAGCAGGCACCCACGAGCACGUUGGCUUGCCCAUCGGCAAAACCUGGCGAGAAAGAAGUCCAUAUCGAAGAGCCCAACCGCAGGAGGAGCAUCCUGCUCAGCGGUGACCCCGUUCCUGCUCCAUUGCCGGAGGACGGCACCGAAUACACGGCCCCCAUCUUGGCUGAGGAUGAGGUUAGGAAAAACACCCCGCAGCGGGACCAAGUAGCAUGUAUCGAGCCUUCAAGGGAGCGCCGAGGAAGCGAUUUUGAGGCAGACCCACCACGCAGUCGCCCCACUAGCCGUCCGGCCAGCCUGUACAAGGUGGAUUCGUCCGACUUGAGGUCCACGCCCCUUGAGGACGUGGAAGAGUACGAGCCGCUUUUCCCUGAAGAUGAUGAGGGCACCCCCAAAAAGCAUCUCACUGCUGCCCAGAUCGAGAAGAUCAAGCAGCGAUUCCCCAGCAAGGACAUUUGGGAAGACGCACCUAACAGCGUGCAUCACACCGCCACUGUCUCCACGCCCGACCUGACGGAACAACUCCCGAAGAGCAUCCCGCCUCGUGAACAAACGGAAACACCGGCACAGGAAUGGGCCCGCAAGCAGGAGGAGCUGGCUGAGAAGGAAUUGACACACCCCGACGCCUUCCUGUGGCGCAACCAAAAGCCUACCUGGGUUGGUCACCAACCUCACCUCUCUCAGGAGACCUCCCGUCCAAAAAUGGCGCAGAAAUUCCCAAGCCGCGAUGUCUGGGAAGACACCCCAGACAGCUUGAAGCUCGAGACGACCGUGUCCGGGCCUCAGAUGGAGCCAGCAUCGCCGGCAGACACCAAGCCGCCUCAGGUUCCGGAGCGGCCCCGGCGCAAGUCUAGUGGUUCCAGAGAUAAGCCCGCGGUUCCUGAACGACCCAAGAGCAAGUCACCAGAGGAGACAUCCAAAUCUCAAAUUCCCGACCGCCCCAAGCCUCAGAUCCCCGCUCGACCUGCGAAGGCUUCUGCUGCUGCCGCUUCUCCGUCCGACGCGCCGGCUCCCAAGGUGAAGCCUGCAGUGCCCGCUAGGCCAGCAGGCAAUAAGAUUGCUGCGCUUCAGGCGGGAUUUAUGUCUGAUCUGAACAAGAAGCUUGGACUAGGACCGAGGAUCUCACAGCCUAAGGAGGAGUCCAAGGACGAAGUGCCCGAGGAGCCAAAGGAGAAGAAGCCCUUGACUGAUGCCCGCAAGGGAAGAGCCCGCGGUCCUCAGAGGAGGGCUCCCGCUGCCGCGACUGCUGCCGCGGCAGCACCCUCGGAAUCUGCGGCCAAGAAGCCGAAGUUGAGUUUCUCGACAACUGUCACCAUCUGGUCUUUAGACCCCGAGUCGGAGGGCACAAUUCAGGUCGGAGGGUUGAGUCCAACAGACGAAAAGCAGGAACCCAGUGCGCCUGCCGCUGAGGUUGCUGAGGUUACCGCGGAGAAGUCCGCGGCGCCUGCAGUCGAAGCUUCUACGGACGACAAGCCCGUGGUUGAGGAGGCUGAGCCUUCAGUGAAGUCAGAAACUGAACCCAAGCCAGAGGAGAAUGCUGGCGCGUUCAUCGACGACAAGAAAGAGGAGGAACCGAAAGGAACCAAGCAGGAAACUUUGGCAACGAACAUGGCCGGGGAAAGUGUCGAAGAGGCUGUGGUUGAGGAGGACAAGGCCGGCAAGGUCGAGGCGAAACACGCUGAAGUGAAUCCCGUUGAGGACUAA